GUAUGUAUGUGAAUGUGAGUGUGAGUGUGUGUGGAAAUGCCAAACUCAUGUGCGCACUGUGUGUAGUGCUUUUCACGCUACACACAGAGCGAAAAAGGCACACACACGCAGUGUUUGUUGUCCAACUGCUCCCGCCUGUGUGAGUCUGCCUGCCGAGGAAAAUCGAAGGGAAAAUGUCACCACAGGCCGUGUGAAAAGCCCUCGUCGUCAGCCCAACAUCCCACCAAAACAGCUGUAGUGCUGUGUCGUCCGUGUGUGUGUGCGUGCGUGUAUAUGUGACCAGCUUGACUUGUUGUUUCCCGCACUCUCACCUCCCAUCCCACCGCCCAUCAAAAUCGCCCCUUUUUGUUGUGAUGGAUUCCACCUUGGAGGAGCCAAAAAUUGUGAAAAACAUCGUGCAUGCGGGCACCAAGGUCGUCCCGUUUCGGGACGGUACGAAGGUAAAGUUCCACUAUCAGACGCGAAAAUGUGACGAGGCGCGGACGCUGAUCGACGACAGCCGGGCGCACGGCCAGAAGCCGAUGGAGCUGGUGCUCGGCAAGAAGUUUAAGCUCGAGGUGUGGGAAUCGAUCGUGCAGCAGAUGGCCCUGCACGAGGUGGCCCGGUUCCGGUGCGACCGGUCGCUCGUCCAGCAGUACCCGUUCGUGUCGAAGACGAUCCGGGACGCGCAGAAGCCGCGCGAGGAGCGCAAGCACUGCUGCGGCAUGACGGUGCAGAACGAGGGCAUCGGCUACCGGGACCUGGACGAGCUGUUCACCCACCCGCAGGACCUGGAGUUCACGAUCGAGAUCCUGUCGAUCGAGAGCCCGGACGAGUACGAGAAGGAAUCGUGGCAGCUGGGCGACGACGAGAAGCGGGCGCUGGUCGGCCGGCUGCGCGAGCAGGGCAAUGCCGCGUACCGGGCGAACGAUCUGGCCGCGGCCCGGGACGCUUACUCGUACGCGACCGGCAUCAUCGAGCAGCUGAUGCUCAAGGAAAAACCCGACGAACCGGAAUGGAUCGAGCUGGCCCAGAUGAAGGUGCCGCUGCUGCUGAACUACUCGCAGUGCAAGCUGCUCGAGCGGGACUACUACGCCGCGAUCGAGCACUGCACCGAGGCGCUCAAGUACGAUCCGCACUGCGUGAAGGCACUGUUCCGGCGGGGCAAGGCGCAUGCCGGCGCGUGGAAUUUCGACCGGGCCCGGGCCGACUUUGAGCGGGCGGCCGAGCUGGACUCGGCCCUGCAAACCGCCGUCGGCAAAGAGCUGGCCAAGCUGCAGGAGCAGCAGCGGCUGCGGGACGUCGAGGACCGGCUCAAGUAUCAGAAGCUGUUUUAGCUCUUUUUGUUUUAGUUUCUUAGGGAAAGGGAUUUUUUUGUGUUUGUUUCUAGGCACUGGUUGCGAAUUAAGGUUUAUAGAGUGUAUUCCUUGCAGGGAGGGGUCAACCUCGAUAGGUCGGGGGACAUUACGUGCAAAAGCCCCUCAAGUGUUUUGUUUGUUACUUCCGUUUUUGAGUAUUUUUACACACGUUUUCCUCCCCCUUUAGUUUAGAAACUGUGGUUCCAUUCCUUACUAACAUCUAGCCUUACUGGCGGGCAAUCGAAUGCACCUUUUCUACGUAGAGCUUUUUAA